AUGUCAAAGAAAGAGGUUGAAUCAAUGCCUCAAGUGAAAGAAACCGCAUGCGUAGAGACGAAUGAUCUAGCUCAUGAUGGUUCUCCAACUUUUUCUUCUGGUAAAUUAAUCAUUUCAAGUAUGCCUCCAAGAGGAUUGCAACCUUUAUUAACGUUGCCGUUGGGGGAUGGGGACAAUGAUGAUUUAAAGACUGGCAUUAAUGGAUCAAAUACCAACGAUAGCAAUAUAAUAGACACUGUACCGAGAAAAAUCGGAGAGCAUACUAGGUUAUUACUUAACUCAGCAGGUAACUUACGGUAUUUUGGUGAAAGUAGCCCCUUAUCGCUUAUACAAGAAUGCCGUUCAAUAUUCAGAUCAGUACUUGGGGCUUCGAAAUUUACCGAUGAUCCUAAAAGAGGCCAAGUUAUGGAUGAGCCUUCAGAACCUAAAAGUCGGGUUCAAGUUUCCUUGCCUAAACGAGAAUUUUGUGAUAUCUUAGUGAACUUUUUUGAAAAAAAUAUUAACGAUGGAUUUUACAUUUUCGACAUGAAACACUUUAAAUAUCAUGUUGUCGAUUUGGCAUAUAAGGAACCCUUGCUUGUCGAUACAAGAAAACUAUGUUUGCUUCACUUUGUUCUUUCCAUAGGUUCGUUUUAUGCAGAAGCAUCACCUAAUUUAAUGAAAGAGCAUGAUGUACGACAUUCUGCUUAUUUUGACAGUGCAUUAGAUAUGAUGAGAGGCUCUGUUUAUGAUGGUGGACUCUGGAUGGUAGAAGCAAAUUUAUUGAGACAUUUUUAUUAUCAAACAAAUUGUCAGAGAAGUUCUGCGUGGAUACAUUUGGGAACAGCCAUAAGGCAUGCUCAGGGAUUGGGGUUACAUAGAAAAAUUAUAAAUGAAAAAUUUGAGAACCUAUCAUACGUGAUGCAUAGAAGAAGAUUGUGGAGAACUUUAUUUAUUGUUGAUAGAAUAUAUUCAAUAGUCCUCGGAAGGCCAUUGGCGAUUAAUAAUUAUGACUGGGAUGAUUCCGAGCUACAAGAAUUAAGCGAUGAUGUAAAUGAAAACUUCAGAAUAAGGUGUCAAUUUGAACUUUCUAAAAUUUCUCAAAUUAAUAGUAAGAUAGUUGAAAACAUUUAUCGAGAUGGUGUGAUAAAUAUUAAGCAUACACGAGCUUUGGCUAUAGAACUAAAGUUAUGGUCAUCAAAUAUACCCUUUGAUCUAGACAUAAGCAAUACUUUAAAAGAAGAUUUAAUUUCGCAUGAUAACAGCAAUAACUAUGUAUUAAUGCAAGUACAUUUGGCUCAAUUAUAUGGUAUCAUGUUGUUGUUUCGGCCAUUCUUGAUACACGUCCUUUUAAAGAAACUAAAUCCUGGAACUUAUGGCGAAUUAAAAAGCGAUUCAUUGCUAUUUUAUUUUUGCAAAGCAUGUAUUAAAUCAUCAUUUUUGUGUGUGUGGUUGAUAAGCUUCUAUGUAGAGAAAAAAAAAGAUAGAAUUGAACUGUUUUCUAUGAAUAACUGCUGCUUAUUUGCGUCUGCGAUAUUGAGCCUUACUUUGUUGGAGCAAAGGCUACAAAGUCAUCCAGAUUACGAUUAUAUAAGGGUAUUAACCGACACAUUACAGGCAGCAAGUAACCUUUUACACAAUGAUGGAAUGUUUAACCUUAACUCUGAAAGAUGGGCCGAGAAUGUUGACAAUAUGGUAGCUGCAAUCCCCAAAGGUCAGCUUGAGCAAGAUUUUAGUAAUAUGGAAAAUAUGCCAGAUUCUUAUAAAAAUGAUUUCGAAGAUUUUAGUAAAGAGAUAAUUUUGAUGGAUAAUGAAUAUGGUGGCCUAAAAGACUUGUCGAAUUUUCAGCAAGGUUUUAUUCCAUCAGAUGAUGAAUUAUUGUUUGCAAUGGGAAUCGAUAGACAAGAAUUGGAAUUGAAUGGUAGCCCCAUUUUAGAUGCGUUCAUGUACGAUUAUGGUAAGAAGGAUCAACUUUUUGAUAGGUACAUUUAA